AUGGAUGAAAAGUCAAUAAAGCAGUCAAUACUUUCAUCUUCCAAUGAUGAAAAAAUUAUAUACAAAUCACGAAUAAAGAAAUUUCAGAAAAAUCAUAAAUUCUAUAUUAUUUUGUUGAUUUUCAUUGCAAUCUUACAAUUUAUAUCAAUAGCUUUUUUCACGCGCGGGUUCUUACUGUCAAGACACGUUCUGGAUAACAUAUCCGCCCAAAACGAAACGACUGCCUUACAGCCAAGGUUCAACAAAACCGUGGUUCUGGUCAUUGAUGCUUUGAGAUUUGAUUUUGUUAUCCCUGUUAAUGAAUCCAGUUCGACCCACAACCUGAACUACCACAAUAACAUAUUAUCACUAUAUGACUCUUUUGCAAACGAUGAGGAUGCAUCUUCUUUACUGUUAAAAUUCAUUGCAGACCCUCCAACUACCACUUUGCAAAGACUUAAGGGUCUAACGACAGGUUCACUGCCCACUUUCAUAGAUGCCGGAUCGAACUUUGAUGGAACUGUCAUUGAAGAAGACAAUUUGCUCAAGCAGCUCUACUUGGCAAACAAGACGGUCAAGUUUGCUGGAGACGAUACCUGGAUGGCCCUGUUCCAUCCAUUCUUGUCUAACGAUAGUUUUCCGCUGGAAUCACUUAAUGUUUGGGAUUUGGAUAGUGUUGAUAAAGGUGUUAUGGAUUACUUUCAUGAUCACUUACAGCAAGAUCAAGAAUGGGAUGUAAUGAUCGGGCACAUGCUGGGUAUUGAUCAUGUAGGCCACAAAUAUGGGCCAGAUCAUUUCACCAUGAAGGAAAAGCAAGUGCAAGUGGAUCAGUUCAUCGAUUGGAUACUAAAAUCUAUUGAUGAAAACACCCUGCUGGUUAUUCUCGGAGACCAUGGUAUGGAUCAUACAGGCAAUCAUGGAGGCGACUCCAUUGAUGAGUUGGAAAGCACUUUGUUUCUCUAUUCAAAGAAGCCAAAUCUAUGGAAACUCAAAGACUCUUCCAAUUACGACAUUAGUGCUUUGGGACACGAUUACCGCUCUGUUAGACAGAUCGAUUUAGUGUCCAGUUUAUCUUUAUUACUCGGUCAACCUAUUCCAUUUAAUAAUCUUGGAUGGCCAAUUGAUGAAAUUGCAAGAAACGAUAACGAAUGGUCCGAGUUUGUCCGCCUAGCUAUAAACCAGUUACAACUAUACAAGGAUACGAUGCAAAUUCAUGAUUCCAAUGACGAGAUACUAAAGCCAUUAGCAGAAAAUAUACUAAACACUUCUCCUAAAACUAAUCCGAAAAAAUUCAUUAAAUUGGGGCACAAAUAUCAAAAAGUAUUUUUACAAACCUGCGAAGAAUUGUGGGCAAAGUUUGAUUAUUAUUCAAUUGCCACCGGUAUAAUAUUACUCACCAUCUCUUUAAUUCUAUUGAUAUCCAUCACAAAAUUAAUCCCUUCUAUUGUCGUGAAUCAAAUGGUUCCAGAAUUUGUCCCAGGUAUUAUCAUUAUGGUCUUGGUCACAAACUUGUGUUUUCAUGGAAUCUUUUAUGUUUACCAACAACCGACUUUUGUAGAUCAGUUUUGGGGUACUCUGUUAGCGACUGCCGUUGGCAUCAUUAUUGGUUGUUAUAUAACAAUCUUCGAUAGGUAUAACUUCAUUUGGAUCGCUAUGAGACUUGGCGAAACAUUGGCUGAUUAUUGGUCAAGAAUAGCUGUCAUGUUUAUGAUUAUACAUGCUUUACUUUUUACUUCCAAUUCCUUUACAGUGUGGGAAGAUAGAAUUGUGGCCUUUCUUUUGUCCACUUUUGGUAUGCUAACACUAUAUGAAUUUGUGUUCUUACCAAAAAGACAAUCUACCACGGCAUUAUUAACCGCGACAAUUAGUGAAAAGGAGGGAACUACUUCAGGUGUGAAUUCUUCAACGGCAAAUUCAAAUUAUUUACCACUAACAAGAUUUGCAAGAUUAUUAGGUGGUUACCAUUCAGCAGUUUUAAUCAUUUUUACCAGAUUAGCUUCUACAAUCACCAUUUGUAGAGAAGAACAAGGUGAAUAUUGUAUCCCAACUUUCAAUAAUCAAAAUAAUUCCGCUUGGUGGGUAUUGGGUCUCUGCUUCCUGAUGAUUUUUAUCUUGCCGGCAUGUAUCACUGGUUAUUACAAUCUAACAUCAUCGUACCAGGCUGCAGCUCCGAUUUGGAUAAACGUUUUCCUGAAAGGUAUCCUUGGUUUGAAUUUCGUUUAUUGGUCACUGACUUCAUUAGAAAAUAACAAUGCGACAAUUACACUACCGUUUUUAAAUAAUAUUACAAUUUUCAAGUUCACUUUGGCUAGAAUCAUUGCUGGAUUUUCGUUGAUCGCCUCCAACGUGGGUUGGCUAAUGGGGCCACUCUGUAUUAAAUUAAAUGUUCACAAUACUGACGUCAAAUCUCAUGAAGCUACAAUUUUGGGUUAUACCAAUAUUUACGGUUCGGAGUUUUUCCUCUUAGUCAUAAAUGUUUUGAUGAGUAUCCUAUUCUUCAAUAAACCUCUGGCUCAAUUAUCAUACUUCCUCAUGUGUAACCAACUAUUAUCGAUUUUAGAGAUUAUUGAUCUUUUGAAAUUGAAAGAAAACAUAAUUGGUCCAAUUGCCUUAGGGCUCUUAUCAUACCAACACUUUUUCACCACAGGUCAUCAAGCAACGAUUCCAUCAGUGCAAUGGGAUAUUGGAUUUAUGCUUUCUGAAAAAAUCACGUUCCCCUUCACCCAUAUAGCCAUCAUCCUGAACACUUUUGGACCUCAAAUUCUCGUUUCUUUAUCUGUAGCAUUACUAACGCUUUGGUCACAGCCUCCAGAUGUCUUAAAGCCACAAACGCUUUUGGGGAGGAUUGUUUCAAACUGUGGUAUACUACUCACGUACAACACCAUUUUGUGUUUGAGUUCAUUUAUCUGGGUUACUCACUUCCGUAGGCAUUUGAUGGUUUGGAAGAUCUUUUGCCCAAGAUUUAUCUUCGCUGCUUUGAGUUUAAUAGUCACUCAACUGGUGGUCACAUUCGGCACCAUUGCAUUUGCUAGUGGGAGAUUGAUUAAACAUAUCAAUGACAUUUUCUGGAAAUGA